GCGGUGGCUGUAGCGGGAGUUUACAGAUUUCCAAUUGCUAUGCAUAUAAUCUGUUGUUGACAUGGCGAAAAAUAAAAGAGACCUUGCUUACAGAAGCACGUUAACUGUUGUGGUCGCCUUUGUUACAACUGGCGAGUUGAACACAGAAAAGUUUGCUCGCUAACGCAAGUUAGCCACAGUGGGUAGCUUAUACAAUAGCUAAAAGUCAACAGGUGAAUUGGUUGCUAGCAAGCUAACUUUAAGGAAUCCUCGACACCUUAAAACAAUGGCCUCAAGAGUCUGGCAACACCCGUAUGUCAACAUCUUCAAGCAUGUGAGAGUUGACGAAUGGAAGAAGUCAUCAAAAGAGGGAGAAGUGACAACCUAUAUGGACAAAACACUGAAGUGUUCAGUGUUUCGGAUCCGUGGGUCAGUUCCUGCCAGCAACUACAUCUUGCUGCCUAAGACGAGCACUCAGUCCCUGGGGCUGACAGGACGCUAUUUCUACCUGCUCUUCAGACCCAGUCCUACUAAACAUUUUGUUGUGCAUCUGGACAUCGCUGCUGAGGAGGGCCAGGUGAUCCGUGUCUCCUUUUCCAACCUGUUUAAGGAGUUCAAGUCCACAGCCACCUGGCUUCAGUUCCCCUUUGUGUGCGGUGCAGCCAAGGGCUCGGUGUACGAAAGCACUGCCAAAACAGCCCGACAUGGUCUGGUGGGUCCCGCCCCCUCCACGGUGCGUUGGACCUGUCUGAUGUUGGACCUGCAGUACGUCCUCUCCAUCUACCUCAAUCGCCGCCACAGCCACUUGAAGACGGUCAAACUGUGUGCCAACAUGUCUGUGAAGAACAUGUUCACCAGUGACCUGGUGCUAGACCCUGGAGUGUCCUUUAGCGAGGCACGGCAGGCCGGGUUGGCUUCCUCGCUGGGGACAGGCCCUAUGCCCCGGGAGAUGUGCUUUCCUGUGUCUAAGGGAAGCAGCUGGCAUGACCUCUAUGACUAUAUCAGGUUUCCCUCAGAUGGGACAAAGAUGCCCUUUGACUCCAUUCAGAAAGGCCUUCCCAGCCCUGUGCCUGGAUGUGCCCCAGCUGAGAGGAGUCCUGUGCGGGAGAUGUCUCGCAGUGUGAACAUCAGCAAACCGGUGCAGGACAGAGUGUCACUCAUCCAACAGAUAACCACUCCCAAACUUCACCCGAGGCCUCGCACCGCCUUGGUGACGUCCCGUGUUCCUGAGCUGGGAGUGGUCACAUCUGGCCUGAACAUCCAAGACGCGCCGCAGGACGACUGGCGUUGCCACGGAGACCCGCUGGAUGGCGGUCAGGGGUCAACGGUGCUGCGCGCAGACGAUAGGGGUGUUCACGUGUACGCCCACACGGAGGUUGCCAUCUGCAACCACAGGGAGGCUUCAGAGGACAGUGAAGUAGAAGAGAUUGUCUGUACAGCUGUUUCUAGGCCUAUAACACUUCCCUCAGCCAAGGACUCCAAAAAACAGAAGCUGCACCCGGACCCGAUCCUCAGACUCAGCCGAAUCAUUGGUUUCGGGGGAGCCACAAUGAAAUGUGCUGUCUGGACUAAGUCUGGGCUUGCAGUGGUGUAUCCCUGUCACGCCAUCAUCGUCUCCAUGGAGAUCUCUUCCGGUCAUCAGAGGUUCUUCAUCGGUCACACUGAUGAGGUGUCUGCUCUUACGUUCAACGGCAACAGCACAGUGUUGGCCUCGGCUCAGACAGGAGGUCAGAGUGUGGUACGGGUGUGGAACUACCUCAAAGGCAUCUGCCUGGCCUUGUUCAAAACCCACGCACACUCUCUGUCCUCGUUGAGCUUCUCCUACAGUGGUGGAGUACUCUGCGGUGUGGGGAAAGACAGCCACAAUAAAACCAUGGUGGUCGUGUGGAACACCCAGCAUGCCACAAAAGGUGAGGUGUCGGUCAUAGCCAAAGCCCACACUGACGUGGACAUACAGACCUUGAAGAUCGCCUUCUUUGAUGACACACGGAUGGUGUCAUGUGGUCGAGAUAAUGUUCGGUUGUGGCGUGUGCGAAGCGGGGCCCUAAGGUCGUGCCCUGUCAAUCUGGGCGACUACCAUGCCCUGGACUUCACCGAUGUGGCCUUUGAGGAGGGUCAUUCUGCUGACUGCGACCCUGAGGACCGCACACUGUUCGCCAGUAGCCGCAGCGGGCAUAUCCUGGAGAUAGACUACAGUAGCGUGCAAAUCAAGAAUGUCAGGAGACUGCUGCCUGCCCAGCAGCUGCAUGUCCAGCGCCGGGAGAAACAGACUUUCAGCACGGGUCCGGGCAUUGCUGUGAACAGCAUCAGCGUGUCAUCGGCUUUCUGCGCCACAGGCUCAGAGGAUGGCUUCCUGCGUCUCUGGCCCCUGGACUUCUCCACCGUGUUCCUGGAGGCUGAACACGAGGGUCCUGUGUGCUUUGUGUCCGUGUCGGACGAUGGCCUUCUCGUCAUGGCGGCCACCUCCAGCGGUAACCUAGGCUACCUGGACGUGAGCAGCCGCGGCUACAGCACCCUGAUGCGGUCACACAUGGACAGCGUGCUGGGCUUCAGCGUGGACGGUAUCCGCCGGCGUAUCACCACCGCGUCACGCGACCGGACCGUGCGCGUCUGGGACAUGGACUCCAUGCAGCAGCUGUAUGACUUUGUGUCUGAAGACACCCCCUGCUCCGUGGCUUUCCACCCCAGCCUGCAGGUCUUCUCCUGUGGAUCCAGCUCCGGUCUAGUUAGGGUCUUUGACAUCGCCAGUGCCAAACUACUGGCAGAACACAAGCAGCACAGGGGGGAGGUGGUGGGCUUGGCCUUCUCGCCAGAUGGAGAGUUUAUGUACAGUGCCGGAUCCCUGGGCGCCCUGGCUCUCUAUGUCUCCUCUCGGGUAGACUACCAUGUACUCCGAGUACUGGGCAAUGUGGUGGCACGAGGCACUGCGGGAGCGCCGGAUGCCCUCACAGUGAGCAGUGACAGUCGCUGUCUGGCCUUGGUCGGGCCAUCUGAGUUCACAGUCACCAUCAUGGACGCUCGCUCACUAGAUGAGUUGCUGCGUGUGGACGUGAGUAUCCUGGAUGUGGAGAGCACCAGUCUGGACUCGGCCCUGAAGGUGUGCUUCUCCCCGGCCUCCACCGGACACCUUCUGGUUACCACCUCCGCCAACAAGAUCCUGUGGAUCGACGCCAACUCUGGACGACUGCUCAGAGAGGUGUCUGAGGUACACAAGAACCAGUGUUCCUCUCUGGCAGUGAGUGAGGAUGGACGUUUCUUACUGACAGCAGGACACAACGCCGUGAAGGUGUGGGAUUACAGCAUGCAGCUGGACGUCAACUCCCAGCUGUUCAUAGGUCACAGCCAGCCUAUCCGCCAGGUGAGCUUCUCCCCAGACCAGAUGGCUGUCAUCUCAGUGGGAGACGCCAUCUUUUUCUGGGACUUCUUAGCCCACCCCCUGGAGACUGGUGCUGAUGGACGUUCACCCCCACAAGCAGCCUCUGUUUCACCUCCUACACCAGCCCCUAAAGGUCAUUCAGAGCCAGAGGUCAGUGGAAUGCAUUCCAACGGAAUGCCCCGACGGACAGCGCCCAUCCCCUCCUCACCCGCUCCCUGUUUUAACAUCAGCACCACAGACAGGCUUGGACAAGAAGCGCUGGACCACCUCUCUCUGUGUGAGGAGGACACUGACGAGGUCCUCCCCAGCCCUCUACCACUCCCCUUCCCCUCGACAGGCCCCUCCCAUCCCCAUCACCCUACGUCUGGCUCCUCCCAUCCCCAUCACCCUACGUCUGGCUCCUUUCUCAAAGUUACUGAGAUGGUAGGGGGUGGAGACACAUCAGCACCCCUGAAGGCCAGUCUAAAGAGAGCAGUGGACAAUGAUAAUUUGGAGGCAGAGGAGCCAAUGCGUCCCGACUGCUACAAGCACUUCACUCCCCGUUUCAAAACCUCCACCCUCGACCAGAGUGCUGAACCUCCCCAAAUGGGGGAAGCAAGCCUGAGUCUGAAAGCUGUGAUUGGCUACAAUGGCAAUGGGCGAGGCAACAUGAUUUGGAAUCCAGACACAGGUCUGUUUGCGUACUCCUGUGGUUGUGUGGUGGUGGUGGAGGACCUACACACUGGCUCCCAGAGACACUGGCUGGGCCACACUGAGGAGAUCUCCUCUCUGGCUGUUACCAAUGACGCACAGACGGUAGCCUCAGCAGCAGGGGGCAGCGGUGACUCUACCAGCCUCAUCUGCAUCUGGUGUGUGCAGGAUGGAUCCUGCCGUAAUACCAUCUCCUACCACCGGGGAGCCGUCCAGGCCCUGGCCUUCUCCAGAGAUGAUCUCUUCUUCCUCACCGUGGGAGACUUCAGUGAUCCGGAGGUAGCAUUGUGGAGCACUAGGACGUACCAGCUGUUGUCCAGGGUCGCUGUGUCCGACCCCCUCCAUGAUGUGGCCUUCAGCCCGUCAGCAGCCAGCCAGCUGGCCUGUGUGGGCAGCCAGGGAAUCUACUUCUGCACCACUCACACCCUUGGCCUGGAGGUGGAGCUCAAGCUGCAGCACGUGUGUGUGCCAGAGGAGGUGGGGGACGUGGUGCUGACGGCCCUGUGCUACAACGCCAACUCCGUUCUCUUCACGGGCACUAACAGCGGGCACGUGUGCGUGUGGGACUGCGAAACCCGUCGGUGCUUCAUGACCUGGGAGGCUGACCAGGGGGAGAUCGGGGUGCUGCUGUGUCGGAGGAACCGUCUGUUGACGGGCAGUAACACGCGCAGGCUGAGGCUGUGGGAUGUAGCAGCUGUCCAGAGGAUGAGGCCUGGAGACGAGGCCUUCUGCAUAGAGGACAGGGGCGCUCUGGUGCUGCUGGAACACGAGAUGACUCUGGACGGGGCGGUGGUGGCCGCCACCUUUGACGACGUCAUGGACAUGGGCAUCGUGGGCACCACGGCGGGCACCCUCUGGUACAUCAACUGGGGGACAAACACCAGCAUCCGCCUCAUCAGUGGGCACAAGACCAAGGUCAAUGACGUGGUGUUCAGCCCGGACGAGAGCCACUUCGCCACCUGCGGGGAGGACGGCAGCGUCAGGGUGUGGUCGGCCCCCAGCAACGAGCUUGUUGUACAGUUCCAAGUGCUCAACCAGAGCUGUGGCUGUGCCUCCUGGAGCCCUGUCCUCAGGCCCUCUAAAGGGGGUCAGUGCGUGGCCGGGGGGUACAGCGACGGGAGCCUGAGGAUCUUUCACCUGGCCACCUCGGAGAUGGAGCUCAAGCUGCAUCCUCACUCUGUGGCUGUCACCGCCAUGCAUUACUCCUCUAAGGGUCAGGUGAUUCUAUCGGCGGGGAGGGAUGGCCUGAUUGCUGUCAGCAGCCCAGUGACCGGGGUGACAGUGCGGAUGAUCAGUGACCACAAGGGGGCGAUCAUUACCACCAUACAAUGUGUGAAGAAACAGUACAAAGAAUAUGGCCUGGAAGGAAAUGAGAUGUGGUUGGCUGCCAGUGCAGAUAGACGGGUCAGCGUCUGGGCAGCUGAUUGGAUGAAGGACAAAUGUGAGCUUCUGGAUUGGCUCACAUUUCCAGCUCCUGCCACACCAGAGGAGUCUGACAGCCUCCCUCCAAGUCUGGCUGCUUUCAGUCCCAUGGACCCUGGCCUGGUGGUGUACACAGGCUACGGAGUGGAGAGGGAGCUGUGCUUCUACAGCCUGGAUAAAAAACAGGUCAUGAAGAAGAUUGCCCUGUCGCAUUGGGCCAUUUGCCUGACACUCUCGUCUAAGGCUCACCUCAUAGCAAUGGGUUCAAAAGAGCGAGUGCUGAAGCUCAUCAAAUCGUCGAGUGGUAGGUUCCAGGACUUCAUCCACCACAGUGAUUCUCUGCAGACCUGUCGCUUCUCUCCCUCUGGGGAACUCCUCUUCACCGUUGCAUAUAAUGAGAUCCUGCUGUGGGAGGUGCAUGGCCUAUAGACAAUUAUGGACUGUCAACUGGGGUGUACUAAAGAGCUUUCACUACUGUUCCUGGAUAGCAUGGAUUUAUAGGUGGACUUGGCAAUCACUCCUUCAGUUAGGCAUACGUCAAGUCUUCAAUACUGACAUCACAAGUGCCUCAGCUCAACCGAAAACCAAAGAAUUUAUCAAUUUCUUUUUAAGUCUCUGGGUUUUUAUCAGUUCUUUAAAAUAGCUUUUUAUAUUUGAAGAAAAUGUUUACUUGUAUUUAUAUGAGAACUUCUUUGGGAUCUGUUCAGUUGUUUUAUACUUGACAGCAGUCAUUUUUUACGUUUUAUUUUUCAUCAUAUUAGUUCUGUCAGCCUAGUGUUAAGUCUUUAAAUUAUGCAAAAAAAAUGUUUUGUCCAGCAAUACUUGCCACCUAGAAUAUU